AUGGCUACCAGAUUCAACCACCAGUUUUCAGUCUCAUUGGUGUUCACAUUCUUCUGCUUCUUCUUCACAACAACAUUCUCUUUCACAGAAAACGAGGAACUUGCUUCUCUUCUCAGAUUCAAGGCUUCCAUUGAUGAUCCAAAGGGCUCUCUUUCAGGUUGGUCCAACACUUCUUCUUCUUCUUCUUCUCCUCACCACUGUAACUGGACUGGCAUCACGUGUACCAGAGCUCCUUCCCUCUACGUCUCUUCCAUAAACCUCCAAAGUCUGAAUCUUUCUGGUGAAAUCUCUGACUCCGUCUGUAAUCUCCCUUACCUCACCCACCUCGACCUCUCCCAAAACUUCUUCAAUCAGCCAAUCCCACUUCAUUUGUCUACCUGUCUUACCUUAGAGACUCUGAAUCUCAGCACCAAUCUCAUCUGGGGCACAAUCCCUGAUCAGAUUUCCGAGUUCAGUGCCAUAAAAGUUCUUGAUCUCAGCAGUAACCAUGUUGAGGGUAAGAUUCCAGAAGAUUUAGGGUUACUGUUCAAUCUCCAAGUUCUCAACUUGGCAAGCAAUCUUCUCUCUGGUCACCUCCCUCCUGCGAUUGGGAAACUCAGUGAGCUUCUUGUUCUUGAUUUGUCUGAAAACAGCUAUCUGGUUAGCGAGAUUCCUUCUUCUAUUGGGAAGCUAGACAAGCUUGAGCAGCUUCUCCUGCAUAGGUCAGGCUUCCAUGGAGAGAUUCCCACUUCGUUUGCUGGUUUGACAAGUUUGAAAAUCUUGGAUCUGUCUCUCAACAACCUCACCGGUGAAAUCAUUCGAUCCAUAGGGCCUUCUCUCAAGAACUUGGUGUCUCUUGAUGUCUCGCAGAAUAAGAUAUCUGGCUCUUUCCCUAGUGGUGUUUGCAGUGGCAAAAGGCUUAUUAACCUUUCUCUACAUUCCAAUUUCUUUGAAGGGCCAUUGCCUAACUCCAUUGGUGAAUGCCUUACUCUGGAGAGGUUUCAAGUGCAGAACAAUGGAUUCUCUGGCGAGUUUCCAGUUGGUUUAUGGAGCUUACCUAAGAUAAAGAUUAUUAGAGCGGAUCAUAACCGGUUAACAGGUCAAGUCCCUGAUUCUGUGUCUUUGGCUUCUGCAUUAGAGCAAGUUGAGAUAGACAACAACUCCUUUACCGGUGAGAUCCCACAUGGUCUUGGACUGAUCAAGAACUUGUAUAAGUUCUCUGCUUCAGAGAACGAGUUUGGUGGAGAACUACCACCGAGUUUUUGCGACUCACCAGUCCUUAGUAUUGUUAACAUCUCUCACAAUAGGCUCUUAGGGAAGAUCCCAGAGCUGAAGAACUGCAAGAAGCUUGUCUCUUUGUCUCUGGCAGGGAACGGAUUCACCGGAGAAAUCCCGACAUCACUUGCUGAUUUACAUGUUCUGACUUAUCUUGACCUGUCUGAUAACAAACUCACUGGUCUGAUCCCUCAAGACUUACAGAACCUGACGCUUGCUCUCUUCAACGUGUCAUUCAACCGUUUAUCUGGUGAAGUACCUCACUCUCUGGUCUCUGGUUUACCAGCUUCGUUUCUGCAAGGCAAUGCCGGGCUUUGUGGACCCGGUUUACCCAAUUCUUGCCCCUCUGUCCGGUCUAGCUUCCAUAAAACAGGUGUUAAAGCUUUGAUGUUAGCUUUGAUAUGUUUAGUUCUUGCUCUUGCCACUUCUCUCGUCAUGUCAUAUCGUUAUUACCGAAAGAAAGUGCAAACCAAGAGUACCAUGCAGUCGGAGUUUUAUUAUCCACUGAGGCUAACCGAGCAUGAGUUGAUGAAAGUGAUGAAUGAAAGUUGUCCUUCAGGGAGUGAAGUGUACGUUCUCAGUUUAUCGAGUGGGGAGUUGAUAGCUGUGAGGAAGCUUGUGAAUUCUAGGAAUGUAACGUCGAAAGCUCUGAAAGCUGAAGUGAGAACCAUAGCAAAGAUACGGCACAAGAACAUAACUCGAGUUCUUGGUUUUUGCUUCACAGACGAAUUCAUAUUCUUGAUCUAUGAGUUCACACAAAAUGGUAGCUUACAUGAUAUGCUAUCGAGUCCUGGCGAUCAACUGCAGUGGAGCGUUAGGUUGAAGAUAGCAGCUGGUGUUGCACAAGCAUUGGCAUACAUAAGCAAAGAUUAUGUGCCACACUUACUCCAUAGGAACCUAAAGUCAGCAAACAUUCUCUUGGACAAAGAUUUCGAACCGAAGCUCUCUGAUUUUGCCCUUGACCAAAUUGUUGGAGAAGCUGCUUUUCAGUCUUUGAUACACUCCAGCUCCAACUCCUGCUAUACUGCACCAGAAAACAGCUACAGCAAGAAAGCAACAGAGGAAAUGGAUGUUUACAGUUUUGGUGUUGUACUACUAGAACUUGUAACGGGGCAACGAGCAGAGAAUGCAGAAGAAGGCGCAUCUGGAGAGUCUAUUGACAUAGUGAAGCAGGUGAGGAGGAAGAUAAACCUGACAAAUGGAGCCGCCCAAGUUCUUGACAAAAGAAUCUUGUCCAAUUCUUGCCAAUCAGACAUGCUAAAGACCUUAGACAUUGCUCUCAAUUGCAUCGCCGUUGCUGCAGAGAAACGACCUUCACUGCUUCAAGUUGUCAAAGCGCUUGAGGGUAUAAGCUCUUCUGUCUCAGCAUCUACUGAGAAGCUUCCAGUUUCCGCGUAA